GUGUUCCACUUUCAAUGCAAACAUGAUAUGCGAUUUAAAAUAAAGUGGAAUGCAGCCAAAUAAUGCUAUUCAAGACAAUAAAUAUACCGCCAAUUCUAAUAUAAGUACUGCAAGCUUAUGGCUGCGUUCGUGUUGUUUUUGUCAUGAGUAUUUUUGAAUGUAGCAUUAUCUCUAUGACAACAAAUGGCGGAAGUUAUGAAAACAAACAAAGCUUAAGCUGAAUCUUUUUCAAAAGAAACCACGCCUGUUUUUUUUAUUUUGUGAUGAUGAGUGAAAACAUUGAAUUAAAGUCAUUUCCAUCUAGCUUUGGAAAGGAUAAUGACAUCGAAGAAUAUCAUGAAAUAAACGAAAAGGCUGUAUCUGAACCGAAAACACACUCACAACGCCGGGCUUCGAAAAAUCAUUCAAAAACUAUCACCGAAGAAGAUUUCUUUACACAAUACGAUGUUAAGUAUGCCCAUAAGAAGCCAGGCAAGAAAAAACAUACUAAAAAGAAGACGGACGCCUCAAAUUUAAUGGAUAUAAUUAACUCUGAAUUAGCUGGGCUCACUCCCCCAGUGACCGAAGAAUUAGUGACCACAAAGAUUGAUAAUUCGAAGACAUUAUUAAACACUUAUUUCAGAAGUCCUGGAAUACAAAUGUUCAAAAAACCUCUUUGCUUUAUACCGGAGCAUGGCUACGGAGACAAAUUACUCACAACAGUUUUAAACCCUGUGUACCCAAAAGUGCUGGAAUAUGCCAUUACAGAAUAUCAACCUAUACCAGUUCAGUACAUGGAAGCGGCAAAGUUUGAAGAUGUUGUAGCUACAAAUGAGGCUGAUGAAGGAUUGAGCAAAUUUUUAGAUUUGACAAUAAAAAAUAUUAAAUUCAAACAUCAUCACGAAUUAUCUUUAGAAGAACUCCUUUGUAGUAAACUUAUUGAAGUAUACAAUGAGUACAAAGAAAAUGAGAGAAUACUUAAUGAAUUAGUACGAGAUAUUAAAGUUAUUAGAGAAACUAGGAACAGUCUUAAAGAAGACUUCACGAACAUAUCGACUAAAAAGGAAACAGUGAGAUUUGAUGAAACAGUUAGAAAAUAUUCGGCGAAGCUUUUUUAUUUAAAAAACAAGCAUGAACAACAUUUAAAUAUAAGAAAUGAAAUGCUACAUCAAAUUGGGUCCCUGUGGUCUGACGUUUUAAUGGCCAGAGAAAAGUCAGGCAAAAUAAAGACUCCUUACGUAUUAGAUAUUGAUAAAACUACAAAAGAUCCCGAAGAAUACGAAAAAGAAUGGUCUCAAGUAUUUAAUAUGGAAUAUACUGACAAACUAGAUAGAAUUGAAUAUGAUUAUGUAACAAAAUAUGCAGAGUACAAAAAUGCAAAAGCAAAUAAACUACAAAAUAAAAUUAACAAACCGAAAUUAGAGUUUGAUGAAGACCUAAUAAAAUCUGACGCGGAAACUAUUGCUAAUAACAAAGUAUCAAAAGAUAAAAUCGACAUAAGCUUAACACAAGACCCUAAAUUAAUAUCAGACAAACGAAAGUCUCAGAAACCACAUUCUAGAAAGUAUUAUUUCAAGAUAUUCGUAGAUGAUGUAUUUGUUUGUGAGUCUGAUGCUUACGAAAGUAAUCCUGUAGUUAACAUUACUGUGGAAUUUACAGAAUCUUUCUCAGUGCAAAUUUUACCCAAAAACACUGAAAUUACAAUAGAGUUAUUUGAACAAGACGAAUCAGUAGCGUACGUAAAAAUAGCUCUAAACAAAUUAAAAGAAACAAGUGUCAAUGCUGCAUAUAAGACUGAAGUAUUUGUUUAUAAUAAUAUUGUAGAACCGAAUUCCAAAUAUGUUGGUUCUGGACAUAAUAUCAAAGAGAUAGCAGCGGAAAACAAAGUAAGACUGAAAAGCAGUAAUUUGUUUAAAGGAAAUUUAUACACGUCUUGUGAGAUAAAUUUACAAAUAGGCUGGAAUGAGAAAAUAAAUGAAAACGAGAUGGAGUCCGUCAGAUCUUCAAUGGACGUAGGUAGAAAACUAAAGAGAUUAAUCCAUGGCAUUGAUAAACCUGAUAUUGAUGCGCUGAAAUAUAUAAUUGAAAAUAUAUAUGAAAAGGAAAUUGGAAAUGACGAAGAAAUAAUAAAUACUUUAGGACGUAUAUCUAAACUAAAUGUUGCUUUUGAUGAUAAUAUCCCCAUAGAUAAAGAAAGUCCAGAUUUCAUCAGACUAAAACUCUUACACCUACGUGAUAAUGGUGGUUUUACAAAUGUAGAAAAUAAAAUGAUACCUUUAUUGGCAAGUCAAAUUUCAACGGAACAGUUGAACUGUCUCCAAAAGAGUACAGAAAAUGAGUUUGAUGUCCAAUAUUAUGACAACCAAGAUAUGGACCCAAUAGAAAUACAGAGGUAUAUUGGAGCCAAAUAUGUAGAGAAGUUGAAUAAGAAUAUGCUGAAGAAUUUAAGUGAGCACCUGUUGAAGAAAACUCAUAAAGAUGUCGUGCGGGAUUUCAAGGACUUGAGUCUAAGGGGCCUCUUCACAAACCAAUCCAACCUAUCUCUCGCCCUCUCGAACAGCUCUCGACAACAGCUAAUAUCAGACGCCCUCCUAAAAGAGCAGGAGAUCCGUGUAAGCGUAUUCCGUGCCCUUGGGUUACGGGACCGUAGUGCUCCAGUUGUUGAGAAUGAUGAUGAUGACGAGAAAAUAGCUGGUUUCAAAAUUCGGCCUCUUCGUCCGUUUGUUCGAGUCUCUUAUCAUAAGAUAUCGGAACAAACUACUCCUGCUAUUGGCUGCCAUCCGACCUGGAAUCAAACUUUAAAGGUCAAAACUAAACUGUCUCCUCUCUCAACAAUCCAAGUGAACAUCUUCGAUGAACAGCGGUCACCAGUGGCAGAUGAUUCUGACCAGCCGCUUACAGUCCACUACCGUUGUCAGAACAAGUGGCUUGGUUGCGUGGAAGUUCCUAUUAAAACGGUGUUAGACAUGGGCAUGAUAAAAGGUACCUUCAAAAUAUCUUCUCCACCAUUCCUUCUGGGCUAUGAGAAUGCCUCCAAGAACACCCACUCUCUAAUACCCGAGGUAACUCAGCUCAUGAGGAAGGAAGCAGCAUUCGUGUCGCUCCAAAUCACCAGCAGUCUUUCACAUUUGGGAGGAGGGCAGGGUUACCACCAACCAGUUCCGACCGACCCUGACGACUACAUUAUCCGACAUCUCAACAACUUUGUAACCGACUAUACCAACGAGUUUCCUUCUCGUAACAUCUCUCUCACUUACAUUGACAGUACAGGGCACAAUAAGUCAGUCACCCAUUUCCUUCAGCCCAUACCUCCGCCUGAUUAUGAGAAUUUUCCGAAGAAUCCAAGUGGGUCGGCUAUGUCCAAGAGUUCGAGAUCGUCGAGCAGUGGACGAAAAAAGGAUACGGGCGAAGAGAGAACAGAGUUGGAAUCAAUUUACAGCGGUUUCAGCGGCAAGGCUGAUUCGAUAGGGAAAAUGCUGGACGCGUGCUUGAGAUACGUAUCGCUGAUACCGUGCUACGAGCCAGUGGACAGACGGGUUGUCACCUUACUGGGGGUGGAGCUUCUAAAAGUCCUCCACGGCUCUCCCCUCGACCACGCUAUCCUCCUAGCGAGUUAUUUCCUGCACCUCGGACUCAAAUGCUACAUCGCCGCAGGCCUGGGUCUCCCCCGGGGCUUAAGCUAUUACGUCCUGACCAAAUAUGACUUGUCUACCCAUAGGAUGGUUAUGGCUAGUGAUCAGUAUAAGAGCAAACUGUUUGGGAGGAAUGAUGGAUUUGUGUGGUAUGUGUAUGAUGCGUUAGGGGGGGAGCGGUUUGAGUUGAGAGACGUCAGCUGCCCGCUGAAGAGUGUGAAUUAUGUGUUUGAUAACGAUAAUAUUUGGGUGAAUGUCCAGUCCUCUCUCGACUGUGAGAGCGUCUCGUUUGAUUUUUCCAGAUCUUCAGACUGGCAGCCCGUAUUCGACAAGUCGAUUUUCGUAAUGAAGCUCCCAGUAGUGACAGACGCCAGUCUUUACUCCGCGCAAGGCAGCGUCGAGAAUUUGCGAGCAGCUCUGGAGAGCAGAAUCAAAAGCAAAGUGCAGCAGUGGCGCCCUCACGUCAAGACUAUUUGGAACAGAUAUUGUAGCACGCUCCUCCGAGAGGAGUUGCCUCUCUGGGAGUACUACGCGUUUAACCCCACCGAACAGAAGCCGGGGUUAGGCCAGAGGUUGAAACAACUGAUGGCCACACACAAGAUGUUCGGGUUCCCUCUAAACAUGCCAUUUGUCAACAUGAAGUCUGCCAUCUCGAGUGUCAAAUGUACCGGCCUGCAUUUGCAAGCGGACCCCAAUGCGGAGUUCGCGCUAGGGGUCGAAAUGUACUCCUACCCUAAUAAUGUUAUCAGUGUGUGGGUAUUCUUGGCUAGCAUUUCUAGGAUAUAAGAAUAAUUUUAUUAUAUUAAAAAAUAUUCUCAAAUUGUAAUUAAAAUUAUCAAUUAUAUUAGGUUUAUAAACUGAA